AUGGUAAUCUCAUGGUUGAGCUCAGAAGUGAAGACCCUGGAACAUUUAAAAAACUCCUCCGCAUGUCUACUGAAAUGUACGAUACAAUUUUGGGAAGGUUCGUCAUCGCCUCGUGAAGCAACACACUCGGUACAGGGAGCCCUUGGAUCAAGGGCUAAAGUUAGCUGUCACACUACGUCAACUGGUUUCUGGUACUCAGACAUCCAGUAUUCGUUGCAGGUCGCUGAGAAUACCCUCUCUGUAGUGGUCAGAGACGUGUGUCAUGCUAUAUGUGAAGGAUAUGUUGAUGAGGUUAUGACAGCCCCCUCUACACCUGAAGAAUGGAGACAACUGGCUGAUGGUUUCCUCAAGAAUUGGAACUUUCCAAAUUGGGAUGCUGCUAUUGAUGGCACGCACAUAGCUAUCAGAAAGUAUGUCAGCUCUGGUUCCUUAUAUUAUAAUUAUAAGGGAUUCGUCAGCAUCAUCUUACUGGCCAUUGUCGCCUCGGACUACAAGUUCGUAUGGUUUGAUCGGGGUGACCCACAGCCCUUUCCAAAUGACACCGUCGACAUGCCCUAUUUCUUGGUUGGAGAUGACGCUUUCAGCCUUAGCGAUAACAUAAAGAAACCCUAUGGACAUAGAGUCCUGACAAGAGACGUAAGCAUCCUGAACUACCUGUUACCCAGGGCUAGGAGAAUAUCAGAAAAUGCAUUUGGGAUUUUGGCCAACCGAUUCCAGAUACUUCUCACAAAGACGAACCACAACCCAUCCACAGUAAGGCUGACUGUAAAGACAUGCUGCAUUCUCCACAACUUGAUGAGGAUCGUGUACUCCGCCAUGCAGAAUGCACUGGUUGACCAUGAUGAUAGAAGAGACGAUCUGGUUCCUGGGGAAUGGAGAAGAGGUCGCAACUUGGAGGAUACCAGGAAUGUCAAUACCAGGGACCACAACACAGCAAUAAAAAAGGCAAGAUUGUGA